AGGUACUCUCCCGUGGUGACGGCGUUACCGGAGUCGGACCCAUACAUCCGGGUUAUCCCGCUACCGAACUCCCGAGAAACGACCCCGCUUCUCCGGGCACUGAACGGAGGUGCGGAGACUGCUCCGCAAAUUCUACCUAGCAGACGAAAAACCGGGGAACCCAUUUCCCCAGACUUUCACACUCCCCUACCACCAUUUCCAACUCAAAAAAUGACGUCCAAUCCUACUACAGUGGGGUGUCAAAAGUUCGUAUAUACCCCACUAAUACGCAUGCCGACGCGUUUUCUCCUUAACAUUACUUUUCCUUUUAUAUCCCAUAUCUUUAGUAAAUAG